AUGUCAAACACAGAUUCAGACACUCUCAUCACUAUUUCUUCCUCGUCCGAUUCGGGUGGUGACGUCUCGAAAGACCUGACGCAGGCGGAAUCCUCCACACCUCACAAAGAGAUUGAAGCUCUUCUCCCAGAACUUCCUAACGACUGGAAGCCGCCUGUCCAGCCCAUCGCUCAGUUCUUUUUCAAUAAACUUUGCUUGUUCACUGUCGACAAGCCCGAUCUCGAGGAAUUUUGGCAGGAGGUCAGACAAGAGGACAACUGGUAUAAUUGUGUCAUGCGCGUGCACGAUUUGAAGUCGCGCAAUAUCCCUGUGGUGUCCACCAUUAAUCCCUACUCACUUCUACGCUUCCAUAGCAUAUGCGUUUACCAUGCACAUGCUAUGGCUGUUAUCAAACCCGCAGACCUUACAUCCAAAGCAAACUACAUAGCGCUGUCUUACCUGUCGAAGCCGUUGCUGCUCGUCGCGCCACUUCGCCAAAUGUACUUUGUUUUGCUCCUGCACAAUGAGAAGAAGUUGCAGCAGAUUAUGACCCGGCAACCGGGCAAGAUGGUGGUCUUGACUUACCUCACUCUCUUUCGCAUGAUGUAUUUUUCUUUCCCUUUAGCUUGUGCGUCUCUGGCUCUUGCAUUUUCAUUUUAUAGCGUUUACAGGGGCGAAUCCGGUGAACUACUGGAUGUCUAUUGUGGGGGCCUGCACGCUAGCCCCGUUCUUGGACGCCGUUUUCAAGAGGAACGUGCGGGCGAUGAUCUUGAGAGGUGUGCUGGCUGUCGUAAUGUGGUUUGGAAUCGCCUUGGGUCACUUCCAGCGCAAUUGUAA